CACGUGUCGUAAUAGGCGGGCGCGUUGUGGGCCUGGUUUUCAGGUUUGGUUGCUGAGAGUGCCAAUACACCCUGCUGUUUGAGGUGACUUGACUGCCGAUCAGAGGAGACCACACACAACCACACCUCUUGUACAAGCAGACUUCUCUACCGGAUGGUUUUGGAUACUAUGUGGAAGCGGAGAACUUUUUACUUUUUUCAUUUUUAAACGGGAUGGAUUUUGAGAACACAUAACUUGGAUAUACGUUUUGUGUUUUUGCUGUUGGGAUUUUUUAUUUUUAUUUUUUUUACCCUUAAGUGGAGUCAAUCAAGUUUUGAAGCUUGCUUCUGGAAGGGAACUGACUUACAAGAGCUAAAAUGGACCAAGCCAGCGGUGGGGAGGAUCCCAACAAGCCCUCUAAAAAGAAGUCCAGUGAGGAUGAGGGUAAAAACAAAAAGCUGAACAUACACAUAAAAACACUGGCUGAUGAUAUGCGUGAUCGUAUAACAAGUUUCAGGAAAACUGGGACAAAGAAGGAGAAGCCUCUUAUUCAGCACCCGACUGAUCCCAUCUCUAUCCAAGCCGAACUCCCUCAGCCGCAGCCUUUCUUUGACGAGAGAUCCAUGAACCUCUCGGAAAAAGAAAUAGUUGACCUCUUUGAGAAGAUGAUGGAGGACAUGAACCUCAAUGAGGAUCGUAAAGCUCCUCUGCGUGGGAAGGAACUGGCCAUCAAACGUGAGAUGGUGGUCCAGUACAUCUCGGCCACUGCCAAAUCUAUAACUGGGAGCAAAGUUGCGGGUGGGCUACGUAACAGCAAGCAUGAGUGCACCCUUUCGUCCCAGGAAUACGUCCAUGAGCUGCGAUCCGGCAUCAUGGACGACAAGCUGCUCAACUGCCUGGAGUCCCUCAGAGUGUCUCUCACCAGUAACCCUGUCAGUUGGGUCAACAACUUUGGCCAUGAAGGUCUCGGCCUUCUUCUGGAAAAUCUGGAGAAGCUUCUGGACAAGAAGCAGCAAGAGAAUAUUGAUAAACGCAUCCAGCAUAAGCUAAUCCAGUGCUUAAAGGCUUUCAUGAACAACAAGUAUGGACUGCAAAGGAUCCUGGGAGACGAGCGGAGCUUGUUGCUGUUGGCAAGAGCAAUUGACCCCAAACAGACCAACAUGAUGACUGAGAUUGUCAAAAUUCUGUCCGCUAUCUGCAUUAUUGGCGAAGAAAACAUCCUGGAUAAGAUUCUGGCUGCCAUGACAAUUGCUGCAGAGAGGAACAAUAAAGAGAGAUUUGCUCCAAUUGUGGAGGGACUGGAGAACCACGAGGCCCAGCAGCUCCAGGUCGCCUGUAUGCAGCUGAUCAACGCCGUGGUCACUUCGCCUGACGACCUGGACUUCCGGAUACAUCUACGCAACGAGUUCCUCAGAUGCGGCUUAAAGAAGAUCCUUCCUGAGAUAAAAAAGACAGAGGAGCUGGACAUUCAGCUGAAGGUGUUCAACGAGAACAAAGAUGAAGACGCCAUCGAACUCUCCCAUCGCCUGGACGACAUCCGUGCUGAGAUGGAUGAUAUGAAUGAAGUGUACCAUCUCCUGUCAAAUAUGGUGAAAGACACCGCCUCGGAGACCUACUUUCUGUCAAUCCUUCAGCACCUAUUGCUUAUCAGGAAUGACUAUUACAUCAGACCUCAGUACUACAAGGUGAUCGAGGAAUGCGUGUCUCAGGUGGUUCUGCAUCGCAGUGGGACGGACCCUGACUUUGGCUACAGUAAACGAUUGGAUGUGGACUUCACUCAGCUUAUCGAUCAGUGUGUGGAUAAAGCCAAAGUUGAAGAGAGUGAACAGAAGGCUGUAGAGUACUCCAAAAAGUUUGAUGAGGAGUUCAGCGCACGGCAGGAGGCCCAGGCCGAGUCCCAAAAAAAGGAGGAGAAGAUCAAGGAGCUGGAGUCAAAAAUCCAAACUCUGGAGACGCAGUUAACUAUAGAAAAUGACAGGCUCAAAGAGGCUCAGAGACUCAUCAGGGAAUCUGAAGCCAAGGUUGCUGCAGGCCCAGCUGCGCCUGGAGCACCACCUCCUCCACCGCUAGCUGGAGGCACAGCACCUCCACCUCCUCCUCCUCCUCCACCUCCGCCUGGUGGCUGUCCACCCCCACCGCCUCCGCCUCCUCCUCUGCCUGGCCACGCGUCUGUCCCCCCUCCGCCUCCUCCACCCCCAGGGGGAGGACCUCCACCACCCCCACCGCCCCCAGGUUGUGGGGCCCCACCUCCUCCUCCGUUUGGGGGCUUUGGUGGUCCUCCUCCUCCCCCUGGGUUACCUGUUGUCAAGCUGCCUUAUGGACUGGAGCCAAAGAAUACUUACAAGCCUGAAACUGUGAUGAAGAGGGUCAACUGGUCCAAGAUAGUGCCUCAGGAAAUGGCAGAGAAUUGCUUCUGGAUCAAAGUCAAAGAAGAGAAGUUUGAAAACCCUGACCUAUUUGCUCAGCUCUCCUUGUGCUUCUCCUCACAGAGUAAAGUGAAAAAAGAAGUGAGUGAUGAGACAGAUGACCGAGUACCACAGUUCAAGAAGAAGGCAAAGGAACUUCGUAUCCUGGAUCCCAAAACAGCACAGAACCUCUCCAUUUUCUUGGGCUCGUUCCGCCUGCCUUAUGAAGAGAUCCGGGACAUUGUGCUGGAGGUAGACGAGGAAAGACUGAGUGAAUCACUCAUCCAGAACCUAAUAAAGAACUUGCCUGAGCAGAAAGAACUGAGUGCUCUAGCGGAACUAAAAGGUGAAUACGAGGAGCUUGUGGAGUCAGAGCAGUUCGGCAUUGUGAUGAGUUCAGUAAAGCUGCUGCGGCCACGUCUCAGUGGCAUUUUGUUCAAGCUGACGUUCGAGGAGCAGGUGAACAACAUCCGGCCAGACAUCAUGAAUGUGACGUUCGCCUGCGAGGAGGUGAAGAAGAGCGAAGGCUUCCGCAGACUCCUGGAGUUUGUGUUGCUGGUCGGCAAUUACAUGAAUGCUGGCUCAAGGAACGCACAGACGUUUGGCUUCAACAUCAGCUUCCUGUGCAAGCUACGAGACACUAAAUCCAUCAGUCACAACACAACACUUCUCCAUUUCCUGGCUGAGAAGUGCGAAGAGAAUCACCCAGAGAUUUUGAAGUUUCCAGAUGAACUGGAGCAUGUGGAGAGUGCCAGCAAAGUGUCUGCUGAAAUCCUAAAGGGCAGUCUGACCACAAUGGAGAAGCAGAUUGAGCGACUGGAGAACGAUAUCGAGAACUUCCCCAAAACCAACGACCCCCAAGAUAAGUUUGUGGAAAAGAUGUCCGGCUUCUCCAAACAUUCUCGGGAGCAGUACGAGAAGCUGUCCACCAUGCACAAGAACAUGCAGAAGCUGUACGAAAGCAUCGGCAGCUACUUCGCAUUCGACCCCCACUCGGUCAGCGUGGAGGAUUUCUUCGGAGAGCUGGCCAACUUCCGCUUCCUCUUCAUGGAAGCCGUGAAGGAGAACCACAAGAAGAGGGAGAUGGAGGAGAAGAUCAAGAGAGCCAAGCUGGCGAAGGAGAAAGCUGAGCGAGAGAAGCAGGAGCGUCAGCAGAAGAAGAAGCAGCUGAUUGACAUGAACAAAGAAGGGGAUGAAACUGGCGUGAUGGACAGUCUGAUGGAAGCCCUGCAGUCUGGAGCAGCUUUCCGUGAUCGGCGAAAACGAACACCACGGAAUGGUGAUCAAAGCCCUUCCAGUCCAGCCUCUCGGUGGCCGGGUGCUAACUAUGGUAACAGAACUCUAGAUGUCGCCUCUGGGAGAUGCAGACAACCGCCGUGCAGCCCUCGAAAGGUCUCGCUCACGCCACAACCCAAAUCACCAAGCUCGAUGAUUACCCGCGUCUACUACAAGACCCUAGAUAAGUGCCAAAGAGGCCUGCGAUGAUGAGGAGGAGGAGAAGAUGAGGAAGACAUCAGGAGGGAUAGACCACCUCCCUCACUGUGGCUUACCCAGCACCAAGUAUGGAAAACUGCCUACAGAACGGAAUAACCGGACAUUUAUAGUCUUUAUUGGACACGCUACAUAUUUAUUGUAUGCUUUUUUUUUUUUUUUUAUUGCUUAAAGAUUUAUUUUGCUUUUUGGAACUGAAAACAUGUUAAAAAAGCUGUUAAUUUCCAGGUUUAAACCUACAUUUUAAUCCAAACGCUUCAAUUAACUCACAGCUUUGACAGGAGAAACAUAACAGUAUGCUGCAGAGAGACAUUCAGCCAAGAUGGACUUCUGAAAACUGCAUGCUUGUGUGGAGGAACACGGACAGCUGUCCUUUAAAUGGAAACUGCAAGUCUUAAAGGAAGAGAGAACAGUGUAAUAUUAUCACAUUUAAGGUCCUUUGUUCAGAAAUAACUGCGUCUUCGCACUCCGACAAAGCCACAGGAUCUGGCGGCUGUCUGCACCAACACAGAGCACGUGACUCACUGACAUUCAAACUGCAAGACAUUUUAGUUGAUUUAAUGUUGUGUAAUCUCACUUUUACCCUGCAGGUGCCGAUUUGUGUCCUGAGGUUAGUUUUGCUGUUACCAUUAGAGGCUGACAUUUUUAAAUGCAGCCAGGUCUCUGUCGGGGACAAAACAUGAACACUCAGACCUCUCUUUAGGUCACACAGGGUUUCAACAAGGCACACCUCAAUGUUCAAAAGGUAUUACGUGUUUAUGGCACUUUUUCAACAACAAGGCUGGGGGGGGAGUUUAGAAAAUUGAGCUGUGCGAAAACUAUGACUGCUCCCUUAGAUACUAAAUUAUAAUCCUGCAGAAUCCAUUUCUAUCUUAUGAGUGCACUAGAACAACACUCCUCACACUGGAAGUUGUUAAUAAAAUCAGCCAGUUUCACUAACUCAGAGGUAUUUUAAAAUGAACAUGGAAUAAACUUAAAAUAAAAAAAAACAAACUACAUUUUAUUUUUUAUUGUUUUGUGUUACAUUUCAAAUGAUAAAUGGCUUGUACUUGUAUCGAGUCUAGAGACCCAAAUCCCUUCACACUACAGUCAUUCACACACAUACUGAUGGCAGCAAGCUACUGGAGAGUAGCCACAUCUGCCCACAAGCUGAGGGUUGCCGGGGAUCGAACGCAGAUUGUGGGGCGAACUCCUGCCACCAUCGUCCACGCUGAGUGAUCACGACAGAACGGCCCUCUAGAGUUGAGGCUCCCACAUACUCGUACUGUCGACAAACAUCAGGUGUAACGUUUUCCUUCAUAUUCCCUCAUUAAUGCAACAUACUAUAUUUCUCAUUUCUUAUGUCAGACACUCUUCAAAUUCUGACUCCAUUUUGUCCCCAAGUUGGCACCGGCUUUCAACCUCAUCGGCUCACCGUCACAUUUAAAACAGUUCCAUGUGAACUCUGUGCGACAGGAAGUACACACAAGUAUGUGGGAGCCUUUGUUAAUCUACAAUCAUAUCAUUUUACAUUUGACUUUAAGCAUUUAUUUUCUAAUUUUGUAUGGUGUAAAAACAACGAUGUCAUGACCAAACUCAACCCUGAGUUCACACCACCGCCUUUUAUUUUCACCAAAUACGUCACAGGCCUGUUAUAAUUACAGUAAUAUCCUGGGUAAUUUGUCUUUUCAAAACACAUAAUAUAAUCUAACUAUAAAUUUUUUUUUUUUAUAAUUCUUAAGUAUAGAAAACAUUUCUAUGUGUAGGGCAUCAAAUUGUGCUCCAACACAGGGACCAACGUCUUCCAUAAUUAUUUAUUGCAGCUAUUUAACUCUCUAACAGCAGAUUUAUUUCUUAUAAAAUAAUGGCCACACUGGAGAAUUUCCCUUUUUUUGUGUUUUUUAACACUAGGGAUGUUUCUAAGAAAUAGUUUAAUGUUAAGACAGUUUCAUUUCUGUCUCUCAGACAGAAACGAGAAUCGGCAGGUUUCCAGAAAUCGCGGAUACUUCUGCUGGAUCUCCAACACCGUUUGAGCUCUCCUCUUGCAGAAAGACCAUGGGUUCAUUUCUUUGCAAGGACCCACUUUCACAUUUCAAUGUAAACUAUUUAUUCAUAUAUUCACGCUAAGGGCGGCUCUGUCCCCCUCACUUCACUAGACUGUAAGCAGAUGCUACUAAAAACAACCAUUAAAUCCACAUGGAGACGGGGCAUGACCAGAAUUACAGACGGAGGGCCACAGCAGGCCGGAUGAUGCUUGUCUUAGCGAGCGAGUCUCCAAAUGCCUUCCGGUUCCUGAGCACUAAUGACAUAAGUGACCCUUUUACCAUGACACAAGUUACUUUAGCAUAACUUUGCUUUGGGCUUCGUGUGCCUGCGCGCCUCAUGCCGCCCCAGUAAUCCGAACAGGAACCAAAUGGGAUGCAGUGGUCUCGACUCCUGGGCUGGAUAGAUGGAGGUUUUUCAUUUAAACAAUCUGCCAGCGCCGCUUGUGAUGCGUCUGUUUCACGGAGCCUCCCCUCCCUCUGCCCGCGCGCAUCUAAAAAAAUGCAAUUUUACACAUCAUCUCGGCUCGAGGUGCGCCCACAACGCUCCGCGCAGUCUGCAUAUUUAAGAAGACAAUAACUCUGAGCUGAAUAUCAGGUCGGAGCCGUCACAGAGCGAAAGCGUCGAGAAUGAGUUUUCUGGAUAAGGGACUCUGCGGUGGCGGCAGUUUUGAGGACGUGUUGUACACAGCAGUGAUAGAGAUGCGCUGUCAAAAGAAGUGAUUUCCUCUCUGUAAUCGCUUCUCACCCUUUGUUCCUCGCAACACCACACCUGGGCAAUUUUAAGCUUCGAAUAAGACCUGUUUUUUUUUUUUUUUUUUUAGAUCAGUCCUCCAGCAACACAGAGCUGCCAUGAUAUUGGAUGUUUAUCUGCAAAAACACGCAGGUUUUUUGCAUUUUAAUUAUUCAGUUUGGCUCAAAAACUCCUUUAACCCUGAAAGUUCUUUUCAAUUAGCCUUUAAGCUGUACAGACACCAUAAAAAGUCAUUUUGGUCAAUAUUGAUGACCAGUUUUUAAAGUAGAUUUGUUGUGAUUUUAAGUUAUGUAUUUAUCAUCUAAAAAAAAAACAUUUUUAAACAAGUAGAGUAAUUAAUAGUUAUUGUAAUAGUUUCCUGCAACCAAAAGCAGCUUCACAAACCGAAAGCUGGGGAAAUUCGACAUCAUGCAGGACAGAAAAACUUUGCUAAACGUCAAAUUAAGACAUUCCUAGGAGAAAACAUCCCUCAUCGUAGCUGUGAUUGUCGUCUCCUCAUCCCAUCGUGUUUUAAUAGAAAGUAAUAGCUGGAGCCUUUCAGGUUGACGAACCUGAACUGAUCCAUUAUAGUCGUGUGAAAAACAGCCAAUCAGACCUUCAUCUUUGUGCUCGUCACUAACAAACCUCAGCUGAUGAUGAUAACCUUUGGGUAUUUAUGACACCAGACAUGUUUCACAUUUAAAACCACAAACUUCAGAGCAUUUCAUUGGAAUGGUUACUUUAAACAAAACAAAAAACUGAUACAGUAAGGACAGAAUUUAAAAAUAAAAUACUAUAUUACCAAAAAUAAUCCGAUUCUAAGAAAAGGAAUUUUUACAAUUGGCUAUAUGAAGAUAGAACUGUAUAAAUACCAGAAGGUAUGUUUCUUCAGGUUACACCAUCUCAACUUCAGAACUUUUUAAAGACCAUCACGAAUUAAAUCACGACAGAAAUGUUCAAAAAGAUGAUAAAUUCAUAAAUAACCUUGAUAGCCAGUUAGCUAUCUAGCAGAGCUAGUUAGCGUUAGCUUCAACUACCUCGAGUCACAAAGCGCAAUGAAGAUGUUCAUGACUCAAACUUUAGCCUGACAGAAAAAAGUACCGCUUGGAAAAAAUAUACAAUUAAAUAGUCCUGUCAUAAUAUGGACCUAUAAUUAAUAUAAAGUAAACUUGCCUUUUUAAAAUAUAUAUUUACAACAUUUUAUUUAAAACUUUUUAAGGAUGCCCUGUGACCAGUGUAGAAGGAAGGAUCUGUAACAACGCUAAUUGGUGUUGUAUUUAGAGAAACACUCUUAAAUACAAUUCAUUGCAAAAAAUUGCCUUCAGAAGUCACCCAAUUAAUGUAUAACGCACCAAACAUAUGGCAGCAUCAUGCUGUGGGGAUGCUUUUCUUCUAAGGAAAAUACAUGAGAAGCUACAAAAGAGUUGAAGCUGCAGUUUAAAUCCAUAUAUCCGCUUUCAUAAAUACGAACUAGCAUGUUAUGUUGGCCUGUCGCAUAAAAUCCAAAUUAAAUGCAGGAAAGUUUGUGGUUUUAAAGUGAUGAAUUGUGAAUAAAUUCAAGGGGAAUUAACAGUUUUACACGCCACUGAAUGCUGAUGGUUCUCAUACAAGUGAGGAGGCAGGGGUAUGAAGUGCAAAGGUCAACUCUGAGGCUCCUAGUCACUCACUGACCGAGCACUUUACAAGAUACUCUGCGCAGACAAAGGAAAGAUUUGUUCCAAGAUUUGUAAAGGCAACAUUGCCGCUAACAGAGUGAACUAUUUGCUAAGCAUGUCUUCUGGUAAACAGUUACCAGCUGCCACAUAUCCACUUCUAUCCACUUCUUCCCACUUUGAUAGACUUUGCUGGUGAUUUGAUGAAGUUCGGCUGCGGCUGAAUCAACAAGCAAAGCUUAUUUUUGUUGACUAACCCUGUCUGACCGCGAUGCGUAAGCUGCCGUAUCCCUGCCUACCUUCCUUUUGUCACCGAGUAUGUUUUAUUGUCUUAAGAAACAUUUAUAUUUUUAACAUUUUGAGGUUAUUUGUAUGCUUAGAACUUGGGGGGAAAACAAAAUGGUUAUGAAGACUGUCCUUCCAUGGAAUAUGUAAUGGAGAAUGGUACAAAUUAAUAACCACUUUGUUAUUAAAGCUGAUUUCUGAAAACUAAAA